UAGGUGAGAUUCCUAGCGGAUUCUCUCCAUUCAGAGCGCCGCCCUUUUCGUUUGAGGCAGACGGAAAGACAUACUCUUUUGUGGACAUUUGCAAAAAUCUAGGCUCUUCGCUCUACAUUUCUCCACUGGUCACCGUAAUUGAAUCGAUUGCGAUUGCCAAAUCCUUAGCCAAAGGGAGUCGCAUUGAUGUCAGUCAAGAGAUGAUCGCCAUCGGUACUAGCAACAUUUUAGGAUCGUUUGCGUCAUCGUUUCCAGUGACAUGCGCAUUUUCACGCACGGUCGUUAAUGCCGCCAGAGGCGUCCGCACGCCUUUCGGCGGACUCUACACUGGUGCUCUUGUUCUUCUGGCCAUUACGGUUUUGACGCCUUAUUUUUUCUACAUUCCAAAAAGCUGCUUGGCAGCCGUCAUCAUUUCCGCUGUUAUUUUCAUGGUGGAAGUCAGCUUAGUCAAGAUGGUUUGGAAAUCAAAAACAAUUGAUUUAGUGCCUUUUGGCUUUACGUUCGUCUUUUGCGUCUUUGUCGGUCUGUCGCAAGGCAUUUUGAUUGGCACGGCUAUCAAUCUUGGCAUGCUCUUAUACAGCACGGCUCGUCCACGGAUUAAAAUCCAUAAAAUCAAGAACCCAAUGACCGAGUAUAUUCUUAUCAUACCGCAUCGCAGUUUAGUGUUCACUGCCAUGGAAUAGUUCAUGUACAGCGUACGAAAAGCUUUGGCUAAGGCUUGGCUUGAGAUUGGGGCUGGGGAUGAGAAUAUGGAUGAGAAGGAGGAGAUUGAAGCUAUGUAUGAGGCUUGGAUUGAGAUUGUGGUUAAGCCUAGAUGCGAGCAAAUAAGACUAACUAACGAUACUAAUUUGCCUAAGACUACAGCAACGGUUGUUUCAGAGACACAUCUCAAUCCUGGACCGUCCCAACUAGUUGCUAAACGCAAGCGGGAGGAAGAUGCUCCAGCGACCCUUCCUGACGGGAAACGUUCAAGAAAAUGAAGUUCCCCUUUGAUUACCCUAAAUUAGUAAAAGCGUGUAUUGGCAAAAUUGUGUGAAUGUGUGUGUGCAAAUGAGUGUAUCAUUGGUAUGAAUAAUCUUUUCAAAAUUCUUGUUGUGAAUGUUGUUUGUGUUUGAAUGUUGUUUGUAUAUAUCACAGUUUGGUUCUAGU